AGUGGUUUUCAGUUCUUUAGUCGAGUCGCAAUGGACGCACGGAAAUUUUCCACCCAUGUACUGGAUACCUCUGUUGGAAAGGCGGCCGCAAGUGUUAGGGUCACAGUUUCUGUUCUAGACGAGAUCCAAGAGUGGAGAUCCCUCCGAGCGGUCCAAACCAAUGCGGACGGUCGUUGUCAACUUUUGGAGGCCGGCGAGUUUCCCAGCGGAGUCUAUAAGCUAAAAUUUCAUGUGGGAGCCUACUUCGCAGAGCGCAAUGUGAACACCUUGUACCCAGCUAUAGAUAUAAUGGUGGACUGUAGUGAGAAUCAGAAUUAUCAUAUUCCUCUACUCCUUAACCCCUUUGGAUACUCCACAUACCGUGGCACAUAGAUCUAUAAAAAUACAUAAUCCAUUUUUAGAAUAAGCUCGAAGGAAAUA